AUGGAUUCACUUAAGCACAUCAGCCGAAUCUUCCUGGAUCUUAGCGGGGAGCGAAGAAAGGCGAGCAUGAAUUCAUCCUUCAAUACGGGUGAUUUAGAAGACUACGCAAAGUUCAGAAGGCUAUUCAACCAAACACGCUGGUUAGGGGAGGGGGGUGAUGGCACAGUCUAUGCAUACCAACAGAAAUACUCGAAAGCGCUCAUUGCAGUAAAAACUCCUAUUGCGUACAACACCCCUUACCAUGCGUCUCAAGCAGCUAAACGCAUCAAAGACGAAAUCGCAAAUCUUACCAUCCUCGGUCGGCAUGAGCACAUCGCCGGAAUGUUAGCAUGGUCGCAUAACCAUCAUCCCGCGGCCCCAGCAAUCUUCCUUCCAUUCUGCGAGCUAGGAGAUCUUCUUGCAUACAUGGCCGACUAUAAAGAGCAGCAACUCCGGCAUUCAAAACUUAUUAUACGAACACCCGAGGUCACAAUCUGGAAGUGUCUUCGCGACAUGGCCCUUGCUCUAGAUUACUUGCACAACAUGAACGCCGAGUUUGGCUACAUACACAACGACGUCAAACCAGACAACAUCCUGAUCGAAUUUCCCAAAGGCUGGAAUCCAAAAGAUGGGAUCCCUGAUGAGCCGGUCUUCAGAUUAGCCGACUUCGCUCGCAUGACACGAUACCCUCUACCCGAAGGAGAGAAGCCCAAAAGAGAUUUCCUUGGCACACCGGAAUACGCACCGCCAUUAGCCGAACAAGAGAAGCAACGGCCGUCCGUUGAUAUCUGGGCUCUGGGUGCGACCUUACAAACGCUCGCUUUGAGAAUAUAUCCCGUCCAAUCGCGGGAGGCUUUCGUCGAAAGUCAGAUAAAGGCAAACAAACCCGCGCCUAUCCUGAUUGACGACGGCGCUUGGAAACAACUAAAAUGGCGUAUUCUCAUACCCACCGUUUACCGCCCCCUCGACGCUACACAGGAGGAACUAAUGAAUCACCACGACGUCCGCAUGUCCAUCUGCGCCAACGGUGCGGACGCGUACAGGGCUUGGAAGCAUUGGCCGUAUACUAGAACACUCAACACCUGGUAUAAAAGCAUGUGGGAACGGGACGUGGAGAAAAGAACUACGGCAAAGCAGCUUGUCGAGUGGUGCGUUCCGUUGAUUGCGAGGUAUAUUCGCAUUGCGCGGCAUACGGAAAAGGCGGAAGAGUGCUUUGAGAAGGCGGCGAAGUUGAGGGACGAGGUCGAGGGGAAACAGCAGAAUAGAGAGCUGAGAGUCAGGGCUAUUGAGCUUUUGGAUGCGCCUAGCUAUGAAGGUAAUGGGUAUGGUGAUCUUUGA